AAAAUCACACAAUGAAACAUGCAAAGAUGUAGAGUUGGCUCAACCGCCUCUAAUGUGAAAGAUCAAAUCAGAUCAAUUUAAUGUCACGGUGGAGGGUUAAGGGAGUAGAGGGCGCAGAGAGGAGGAGACAGGACGUUCCAGAUGUAAAUGGGUCUUUAAUACUCACAAAACAACUAAAACCAAAAUCUAUUGCUGAGCAGGCCAGACAAACUCAAAAACUCAAAACUUGAAUCAUUCGAAAAGGGGAACAGGAAAACUAAGGACCAGCACAGGAGGAAGGGAAAGACAGGACUUAAAUACAUAAACAAGACACAGGUGACAACAAUAAGGGAAGAUGGGGACCAAAAGUCAAACUUGUUGAAUCUACAACCAAAAAGGAAACCUUUCAAAAUAAAACAGGAAACUGAAACUCAAAACGUGAUUUACCAAAAAGCGAAACAAAACACAAAAGCAAUUCAUCCCGUAACAUUCAAAUGUUAAACUUGUUGAAAACAUUUACAAAACUGUUCUCAGACGUCACAGAGAUCAUUUAAAACUGACAAAAUGACACAUUUUCAAAUGUAAAUAAAAAAAUAUGAAUGCAUCAACAUUUAAAAGGAUGUUUUGUACAAUUUCUUAAAAUAUUACACCAAUAUGGAUAAAACUGAUUGUCAAAAAAAUUGUAAAUUAAACCACUUCAAACAGUCUUUGUAACUGUCAGUGACAUUUCACAGAACGCUGCCGCACUGCAUUGUAGUAAAACAAUAAUACAUUGACAACAUUUGGAAGUUUAGAAAUACAGAAACAUGUAAUUUUAGCAAAACUGACUGAAAAUAAAACACAGAAGCUGAUUACAGAGAAGAGAAAACCAUUUCUAUGUACAUUUUAUGAUUGUAAUUAUGUUCCAAAACAGACGAACUUUUAGAUUUGAUGUGAGAACUUGUAAAAUAGAAUCUGAGAACUUACACAGAAAAAAUCUGCAUCUGUGUGUUAAAAUCUUCUGCUGUAAAGUUUGACAAAACUAAAUUUUAACUGAAGAGAUCAUUUCUCAUUAAAAUUCAAGAAAAAACAGUCUUUUUUUAGAACUGCAUUUGUAGUUUAUUCUCUGUGUUGAUACAAAAUGGUUGAGAUACUUGCUGUCACAUUUGAACGUUUAUCAGAAGAGUUAUUGAAGCAGGAAGUCAGAAUCUGUGAAGACCUUUCUAACUUUACCAUGUCCUCUGAGUGCUGCACUCUGAUUGGUUGACUCUGCCCUCCUCUACCCCCCUUCCCCCUUGUUCCAUUUUUGGACACAUCAGUUCUGAUUUCAAAAUGAUGCACAACUUUAAUCAGGUUUUCUUAUAAAAAUGUUUUUCUGAUGUGAAGUUCUUAAAAACAGUCAGACAUUGUAAGAAAUAAUCAUUUUGGUUCUGAUAAGAUUUGUUAGGAAUUGUCCUUUAUAGAUAAAAACACAGAUCAUGAACCUUGCAUGAAGGAUCAGGACAAAAACUGUUCAGAUAUCAAAACGACAGAAACUGUUUUUACAUUUAAAACACUGAGUUCUUGUAGUAAUGUCAAUAUUUGAAGCAUAAAAUCACACUAACAUAUAUCUGGGUUUAAAUACUUUUGUGAGUUUUUAAAAAAAUGUGAUAUAGAAGACCUAAAAGCAGUUAACCAAGACAGUCCGUACACAAAAGGAAGUUAAAAGUAAUUCAAUCAGAUACAAUGAGGCAAAUAAUUGAACACCCUGUGAUUUUGCAAGUUCUCUUGCCGAAAUCAUGGAGGGGUCUAACAUUUUUCAUCUUAUGUACAGGUGAGAGAUGUAAUCUAAAUAAAGAACUAGAACUCACAUUUCUUUUUUUUGGUUAUGUGUCUCACAGUGGACUUCUAAGUGGGAGAACUUGCAAAAUGACAGGGGGUUCAAAUACUUAUUUGCCCAAAACCUGCCGUUUUUGCAUUCUUCUCCUCAGAGUAAGCAGGUUCUAGGUUGAUUAACCCUAAUAUCAGAAUCUAUUACAUGUUGACUUAAGCAAAGGCUCUGGAACAAGCCCCCGAUGUUCACAAAAUAAGACAAGAAACUCUGGACAAACAGCAAUGGAGAAGCAUAACGGAUAAAGCAGUGAUAGAAAAUCUUUUGCACAGUUUACAAACGUUAACGUAUGACUAUAGAAACAUGGUGUGAAAAGAUGACUUAAUCUGAAGAAAAAUGCUCUUGAUGUUCUGAGAUUUACGCUCAUGUCCUGAUAAACUAUGAUAAACCUGUGUGUAUAAAACUGGAGGAAACGAUGAGGUUAUUUGUCCGGUUUUGUGUCUUUGGCUGCGUUCAAGGAACAACAAUGAUGUGGAAACUGGCUUUUCCUUUCCUGGCAGCUCUGCUGGCUGUUGGGUUUGGUCAAGACCCAGAUGGAGUGGACGUAAACCCCAACGAUCCAGACGUCCAGACAGCUCUGAAAGUUGCCAUUGAUGGAUACAACAAAGCCUCCCCAGAUAUUUACCUCUACAAAGUGAUGAAGGUUAUAAGGGUUCAGAGAAAGAUGGUGGAAGGUUACAUGUACACCCUGACUGUGGAAAUAGCAAGAACUGUGUGCAAAAAGGGCAGCAUGGCUCAGUCCUGUCCUGUUUUCAUAAAUCCAGACCGGGCCAAGUCUUAUCGAUGCACGUUUGUGGUGUUAAACGGUGGGUUUAUACCACAAUGGGCGCUGCUGGAACAGAGAUGCUACUAGGAGAAAAUCCCCAGGAUUCUUCUGGACUGAAGCUGUUUGUGGAUAAACUAUGAAACACUAAAAUACCAUUUGACCAAUAAAACCUUCAAUCUGC